UUAAUUAAGUUUUCACAUCGAAGGAUACCUAAAAUGUCUGAAGAACACGUCGGAAUAUUUCCCUUCAUCAAAGCUCUACGGGCAUACAUUGUAAAGGGUUCCAGCGGAGAUCAAGGGGCGGAUUGUCAUGAUGUAGAUGACGAACAUUGGAUAAAUGGAGCUGGCACGCCUAUCGCCAACCCAAUGUCUGGUUAUCCACAGUAUGCCAAAACAAGAAAAUCUUGGGGAAUCAAUGCUUUAGGUACUUUGAUUGUAGAAGUGGAGUCUGAUGAUGGUAAUAUUGGUGUAGGUGUGACAAUAGGUGGAGAGCCAGGAUGCUACAUAGCUGAAAAGCACCUUAGUCGGUUCGUAGAAGGACAGGAUCCGCGGAAUGUUGAGCUAAUGUGGGAUCAGAUGUUUCGUGCUACACUGAACUAUGGUAGAAAGGGCCUACCAUUGCAAGUGAUUAGUGCUGUGGAUAUUGCUAUCUGGGAUUUAUUGGGCAAAAUACGCAAGGAACCAGUUUAUGCUUUACUUGGUGGAAAGACCAAAGAUCGUCUACCUGUUUAUUCGACUACCGCCAGGCCAGAUUUAGCUAAACAGUUUGGGUUUGUGGGUGCAAAAAUUCCAUGUCCACAUGGACCAGCUGAGGGUGAUGAAGGCUUCAAGAAAAAUGUUGAAUUUUUCAGAAAGUGGAGAGAAACUGUCGGCGAUUCCUUUCCGUUAAGUCUGGACUGUUACAUGGCCUUGACCGUACCUUAUACAGUAAAACUAGCUAAAGCUUUAGAACCAUUUGGACUGAAAUGGAUUGAGGAAUAUCUUCCACCUGAUAAUUAUGAUGGUUACAACAACGUGCGGGAAGCACUGAGGGGUUCUAAUGUUCUUCUAACAACUGGUGAACACGAGUACAGCCGCUAUGGUUUUAAACAACUGUUGAGUUCAAGAUGCGUGGACAUCAUUCAACCGGAUAUUACGUGGCUAGGUGGAAUAACUGAAGCGAGGCGAGUUGUAGCUAUGGCAUCUGCUGAGGAUAUUCUUGUUAUUCCUCAUGGUUCUAGUAUCUAUUCUUACCACCUCCAAUAUGCAUUCUCAAAUUGUCCACUAGCUGAAUAUAUCAACCUAAGUCCUAAAGCAGAUACUAUUGUUCCCUACUUCGGUGGAAUCUUCACUGAUGAACCAUUGCCGGAAAAUGGAUUUAUUGAUCUUCCUGAUCGACCUGGUUUUGGAGUUACGCUUUGCAGAGAUAAUUUGCACCGUCCGUACAACAGAAGUGAGGAUGAUUCAGCCAAACAAGCUAAACUGAACAUUAAUAGAGAAGUUCCUAAACAGGCUAAGAUGCCAUUUUAGACAAGUUACCUAUAUGUUGUAUGCAUUAUA